UUAUCAGUGCUGUGAUGCUUUCUGUCAUUCUCAGCUGCUGCUUCAUUUAUCAGCAGAAUGAGGUUUGACAAUGUGUUGGCAGAUGUUAGUGGGUUUGGGAAAUUCCAAAUACGAAUGGUGCUAUUGUUGGUUAUUCCUCGUGUGACUUUGCCGUUUCAUUUCCUACUGAAUAAUUCCAUUGCGAGUAUUCCCUCUCACCACUGCGACAUCAGCUCUCUGGAUGAUGGAGGAAUAUUUAGGAAUUUGUCUCAGCAGGAGAAGCUUAUUGUUAGCAUCCCUUUCCUGCAGGAUGGGAAACCGAGCUCCUGCCAUAUGUUUGCAGAACCUCAGUAUCACCUGUUGUUUAACUCUACCAACACCACUGACCUACCCACAGUGCCAUGCCAGAGCGGCUGGACGUAUGACAAUGCCACGUUCAAAACCACUCUUGCCAGUGAGUGGGAUCUUGUUUGUGAAAAGAAAAGCACCAACAGAGCAACGGCCACCAUCUUCUUCAUGGGGGUCAUGUUUGGAGCAGCAGCUUUUGGUUAUCUCAGCGACAGGUUUGGCCGUAAAAAGACACUUCUGGUGUCCUACAUAACAACUGCACUCUUUGGUUUUGCAAGUGCUUUGUCUUAUAAUUUUCCCAUGUUUGCUGCCAUGAGAUUUCUUACUGGAUUUGGGAUUUCUGGAAUAAGUAUAGUCUCAAUAGUUCUCUGUAUUGAAUGGGUGGACAUCAAGCAUCGAACCUUGGUGGGUGUUUUGUUAAGUUUGGAUUGGAGUGUUUCAACUAUAAUAUUACCUGCUGUGGCCUACCUUGUGAAUGAAUGGCGGUACUUGACUGCCACUGUGACCGCCCCACUGUUUGUAGCCAUGCUCACCUGGUGGUGGCUCCCUGAGUCUGCCAGGUGGUUGAUAAGUAAUGGAAGAGUGAACAGUGCUCAUUUUUACCUGAGUAAAUGUGCAAAAUUCAAUGGCAGAGAGGAAUUCAUGGCUGACCUGAAGCCUGAGGUUUUGUCCAAAGUAAUAUUUGUAGAGAAUGAAAACAGAAAAUACUCCUUUGUGGACCUCAUACGGACCCCUAAAAUGAGACAAUUGGCUCUUCUUACUGGCACAUUGUGGUUUGGAGUGGCUUGUACUUAUUAUGGGAUCAGCUUGAACGUAGAUGGAUUUGGAGUGAACAUUUAUCUCACACAGUUCAUCUACGGCAUAUCAGAAGUUCCGGCAAAAGCUUUUGUCAUCUUCUUUCUGGACAAAAUAGGCCGAAGGCUGACUCAGGCUGGAACAUUAUUCCUGACUGGACUGUGUAUAUUUUGCAGCAUGCUUAUUCCUCGAGAUCAGGGGACUGCACGGACCACUUUAGGCGCAUUGGGCAAGAUGUUUGCGGAGGCAGCUUUUACAACUACGUUCCUGUACACAACAGAGAUUUACCCAACAGUCAUGAGGCAAAAUGGAUUAGGCUACAGUUCCUUCAUGGCCCGUAUAGGUGUGUCUGUAUCACCGCUGAUGAUAAUUCUUGAAGACACCUGGAGCUACCUGCCUGGCAUUCUUUUCACUCUGGUAACUCUGACUGCAACACUGGCAGCUUCUUUUCUUCCCGAGACUCUAAAUGCCCAUCUGCCUGAAACCAUCGAGGAUGUGGAACAGACAAGGAGACGAUCAAUCCCCACAUCUGAUGAGAAGUCCACUCUGUAAUGAAUGUUUGGAGUGAUGUCUAGCACAACAUCAGCAGCAGCAACUGCUUCAAGAGUAGACAGAAAAGGCAUGACACGGCAAAAGUCCAAAAUAAGCAUCCACUGACAGGAAAUCAAACUGUAUAUGUCUGAAUUCACAAAAUAAUAAUCUGUUUCUGUGUAGCAAAAAAUAUUAUUCUGAUCUCAAUAAAUGCUCAGCACUCACCAACA